AUGGCAAUUGCAAAGAGCUCUUUACAGCCCUCAGUGGCUGGCCUACCAGUGGUACCAGCAUCAAAAGAGAAUCAAGAGUUCCUCCUCAAGAUCCUCAUCCUGUCAAUUAUAUACAUCUUGGCAUUCUCCACUCGUCUAUUCUCUGUACUCCGUUAUGAGUCUGUUAUUCAUGAGUUUGAUCCAUACUUUAACUUCCGCUCCACCAAGUACUUGGUCAGUGAGGGAUUCUACAACUUCUUGAACUGGUUCGAUGAGAGAAGUUGGUAUCCACUUGGACGUAUUGUCGGUGGUACCAUCUAUCCAGGAUUGAUGGCAACAGCAGCAGUAGUUCACAACAUCCUCAACUCUUUGAACUUGACAGUCAAUAUUAGAAAUGUCUGUGUGUUGUUGUCACCAUGGUUCGCAAGCAACACUGCCAUGAUCACAUACAAGUUCACCAAGGAGAUCAAGGACACUCAGAGUGGUUUGGUGGCCGCCGCCAUGAUUGCCAUCGUGCCAGGUUACAUCUCACGUUCAGUGGCAGGAUCAUUCGAUAACGAAGGUAUCGCUAUCUUUGCGCUCAUCUUCACCUACUACUGCUGGAUCAAGUCUGUCAACACUGGCAGCUUGUUCUGGUCUGCCAUCGCCGCCCUCGCCUACUUCUACAUGGCAAGCGCCUGGGGAGGCUACGUGUUCAUCAUCAACUUGAUCCCCCUGCACGUGCUCACCUUGUUGCUCACAGGCCGUUACUCCCACCGUCUGUACGUGGCAUACUCAACACUGUUUGUCAUUGGCACCAUUCUCUCGAUGCAGAUCAACUUUAUUGGCUUCCAGCCAGUGCAGUCCAGCGAGCACAUGGCCGCCAUCGGAGUGUUUGGUCUCCUGCAGCUCUUCUCUGGCCUCAACUGGGUCAAGUCGCAUCUGUCUGCCGAAGCCUUUGUCCGUCUACAGCGUCUCACCAUCAUGACCGUCCUGUCCGUCGCCGCCUCUGUCUUUGUCAUUGGUACCCUGACCGGCUACAUCUCGCCAUGGACCGGCCGUUUCUACUCGCUGCUCGACCCAACCUACGCUCGUGACAACAUCCCCAUCAUUGCCUCCGUAUCUGAGCAUCAGCCAACGACCUGGGCCUCCUACUUCUUUGAUCUGCACAUCCUGACCUUCCUCUUCCCCGCCGGUCUCUACUUCUGUUUCCGCGAGUUGACUGACGCCAACAUCUUCUUGAUCCUCUACGGAGUUACCUCGAUCUACUUCUCUGGUGUGAUGGUCCGUUUGAUGCUGGUUCUUGCCCCAGUGGCCUGUGUUCUGGGUGCCAUUGCCAUCUCCUCCACCCUCCAGUCGUACGCCAGCAAGUUCAAGUCGAACAACAACGACAACAACUCCAAGGAGUCAAGCGGAGUGAUUGUUGGUGUGCUCACCGUGCUCCUGAUCCUCUACACUUUCCACUGCACCUGGGUCACAUCGGAGGCCUACUCAUCGCCCUCGAUCGUUCUCUCUGCCAAGCAACACGAUGGCUCGCGUAUCAUUUUCGACGACUUCCGUGAGGCUUACCGUUGGAUCGGCCAGAACACCGCCGACGACGCACGCAUCAUGUCAUGGUGGGACUAUGGCUACCAGCUCUCUGCCAUGGCCAACCGCACUGUGUUGGUGGACAACAACACAUGGAACAACUCGCACAUUGCCCAGGUUGGAAAGGCCUUUGCCUCGCCAGAGGAGGACGCCUACAAGAUCAUGAAGGACCUCGACGUCGACUACGUUCUCGUCAUCUUUGGAGGACUGACAGGAUACUCGUCGGACGACAUCAACAAGUUCUUGUGGAUGGUCAGAAUCGGUGGUAGCACAGACCCCUCCAUCAUCGAGUCGGACUACUUGGCCAACGGACACUACCGUAUCGACGCCGGCGGUUCGCCCAAGAUGCUCCAGACGCUCAUGUACAAACUAUGCUACUACCGUUUCUCAGAGGUGCACACCGACUAUGGUAAGCCCCCAGGUUUCGAUCGUGUCAGAAACGUAGAGAUUGGCAACAAGAACUUCCAGCUCAACUAUUUGGAGGAGGCUUUCACCUCUGUGCAUUGGUUGGUCCGUGUCUACAAAGUCAAGGACUUUGAGAACAGAGCCUAA